AUGGCGCGCAGAGGGAUGAUGCUGCUGCUGCUUCCAGUGCUCUCGACGAACCACAGUCGCGCUGAUGGUCGCGCACAGAACGCAUUUCUGGGCUGCGACCCGCGAGCAAGGGGUGAAAGGCGCCUCUCCCCGCUAAGGGUGGAUGUUCGUCAUGCGCAACGGGAGCGUGCCGUCAAUCAAGCGCCCUUGUGGUGUGGAGCCCGCCAUGUUAGCCUGGCUCUGAAGCCUGGUACCGCGACGGACACGGCCAGCAGCCGCCCAGCAGCCGCUUCGACGUGCCUGGCGGACGCGGCCAUGGCAUCGCGGGGGGGUUCAGACGUCCAGAACAGUGAAGUCUCGGUGAGCGUCACGGCGGGCAUGCAUGCAGCGAUGCUCCACAGUGUUCCCACCGCGAGCCCGAUGCAGUGCAUCAGACAGCGCGAUGCUCGUACCAGGACGCUACUUGACGCCUCGGUUGGUCAAUGAGAAGGCUGCUGCAUGCCACUGACUCUGGAGCACACAAUAAACUCGACGUCGCCACAAGACCUCACCGAGAUUGCCGUGUCGCCCAUUUUUCUCUCCUGAUCCUGCCUGCGCCUGCUGCUCGCAUCCAGCGGCGCGAAUCCCCCUCUCCAAUCGCCAGUUACGCGCCCCCUGU